AUGCCGCGACGCCGGGAGACCAAGGUGCUGCUGUCGCUGGAGGAGGUGCGCGCGGCCUUCGAGCAGCAGAACGCGCUGGCGGUCAAGGACGCGCUGGGCGUGAUCCACGAGGCGCAGUUCCUCAUGGGCCUGGAGCCCAACGUGGUGGCCGUGCCGCAGCGAGCUUCAACUUACGUGUUCGGAGACAUCCACGGCCAGUUCUUCGACCUGAUGCAGCUGAUGGACGCGGCCGGCGUGGCCGAACUCCAGGAGCGCGACGUGCAGCUGCUCUUCCUGGGCGACUACGUGGAUCGCGGCGCCUUCUCCUGCGAAGUCAUGCUCUACCUGCUGCUGCUGAAGAUACGGUUUCCUGACAAAGUGGUGCUGCUACGCGGUAAUCACGAAUGCGAGUCCAUCUCCUCUUUCUACGGGUUCCGCAACGAGUGUCGAGUCAAGUAUGGCAUUUCGGCGUACUACCAUUUCCUCUCCUGCUUCCAGUCGAUGCCAGUGGCUGCGUUGUCACCCACCCCUCGAGGCAACAUCCUCUGUGUGCAUGGGGGGAUUUCACCUGAAUUGAAGACUAUUGAGGACAUUCAAGCCAUUGAUCGACGUCGAGAAAUCCCUACCACUGGACUAUUAUGCGACUUGCUGUGGGCGGACCCUCUCACACACGCGGACGAAGUGGACACUCAGGCGUCAUGGCAACCCAAUCAGGCACGGGGUUGCUCGUACUAUUUCAAUGCGGCGGCAAUGUUCGAGUUCUUGGCCAACAACCAACUGAUCUCAAUGCUGCGAGCGCACGAGUACGAGGACGAGGGUUUCAUGUUUCACUUCAACUCGGAGGAGUUUCGGACUCUCGACACUCGACAGGACAAGUCCAUGCCACCACUGAUCACUGUCUUCUCAGCACCAAACUACUGCGACAGCUACGGAAAUAUGGCUGGCUACUUGGUCUUUCGCAAUGACCCAUUUUCGUGGAAAACACAGCAAGUAAAGACGGUGGGGCAUCCAGCUCCACCGAUUGCGAGCUCUGAGAGGGGGUCGGAUAUGUGGCGCCUAUUUAACCAAACACUGCCGUUCCUACCAGCCAGCAAGGAGUUUUUCGAGGAAGUGUUGUGGCUGUCGGAUGGACAGAAGGCAGACAAGAAUGCCGUAAAUCGACGUCGGCGCUUGACAAGUGAAAUGCACCCGCAAGCUAUUCGAAGAGUACUCGACGAUGAAGUGCAAAAGUGGGAGUUGGUCGAGGACAAGUCGACGCAUGCGUCGGGCCAUGAUUCGCCUCCGCGAAUUGUUCGCAGACCGUCCUUGUCCAACAUGGAUGAGGCACAGGAGGGAGAAGACGGCCGACCCAGUCUCCUCACCAACCAAGAACUUGAUACGGUCAAGCUCAUGUUCUCGUUGAUGGACACGGACGGCAGCUUAGAGCUGAGCUCUACCAAGGUAUCGCAGUUUAUCCUGAAUAUUCUCGGCGAGAAGAUAAGCGUUGCGGAUGCUGAUCGAUAUCUUGACGCUCUGGAUUACGACCGCAAUGGAGUAGUGGACUUUGCGGAUAUUCUUUCGUGGGUCGCAGUUAUGAAGGCGAACCACAACAAGCACAAGUCCAGCCGUAUUCUCAGUUGGUCAGCCGUGCAGAAUUGGGUCCGCUUGUUGACGCGCUACAUCGAUUUCAGCAAGGUCUGCUUGUGGCUAGCGUUUGGCUGCUUACUGCGGGAUAUCAUCGUUCCGAAGCAGCGAAAAGUGAUCAAGUCGUCCUCCAUCCGACUGCUUGGCGCAGCUUCGCUUGUUUUGUACGUCCUGGACCUCCUUUCGGGAGGGAAUAUCGGUCGGAAGCGUCAAUUGCUAUUGUUACAAGAAGCUGUCGGCGUGAUCAAGCAGAGAGUCCUAUCCUGGUGCCAACAGUAG